GUGAUCACUGGAGGUCAUUAUGAUGUUGACUGUCGGUUGGAAGAUCCUGAUGGCAUUGUAUUGUACAAAGAGAUGAAGAAACAAUAUGAUAGCUUCACAUUUACUGCACCCAGAAAUGGAACAUACAAAUUCUGCUUCAGCAAUGAAUUCUCUACUUUUACACACAAAACUGUGUACUUUGAUUUCCAGGUUGGAGAAGAUCCACCACUGUUUCCUAGUGAGAACAGAGUAACUGCACUUACCCAGAUGGAGUCUGCGUGUGUUUCAAUUCAUGAAGCUUUGAAGUCUGUCAUCGAUUAUCAGACUCACUUCCGCUUGAGGGAAGCACAGGGCCGCAGCAGAGCAGAGGAUUUAAACACGAGGGUGGCCUACUGGUCAAUAGGGGAAGCAAUCAUUCUUCUUGUCGUUAGUAUUGGGCAGGUAUUUCUCCUCAAAAGCUUCUUCUCAGAUAAAAGAACCACAACAACCCGUGUUGGAUCAUAACUGUCAGUGGUAAUGCUUCAUGUCAUUGUGUGCUACCCAUCUGUAAAAAUUACUGUUAUCCAAUUAAUUGCAGGUACUAAGGAUCUAAAUAUAUGCAACAUUCAAAUGUGUCUACCCCUCAUCCCUUAAAAAUCACAAAACUGACCCAAAAUGUUAUGAAAGGGACACAU